CCGCCUGCCCGGCCGGGGCGGGCGCUGUGGCGGGCUCGCAGCGAUGGCGGCGGCCGAGGUGGCGCGGCAGGGUGAAGGCUGUCGCACUGUCCCGCUUUCUGGACACGUAGGAUUUGACAGUUUGCCUGACCAGCUGGUUAAUAAGUCAGUUAAUCAUGGGUUUUGUUUCAACAUCCUGUGUGUGGGGGAAACUGGCCUUGGUAAGUCCACCCUCAUGGACACACUUUUCAACACCAAGUUUGAAGGUGACCCAGCAUCUCACUCACAGCCUGGGGUCCAGCUGAAAUCCAAUACCUACGACCUGCAGGAGAGCAAUGUCAACCUUAAACUGACUAUUGUGAGCACAGUGGGCUUUGGAGAUCAGAUCAACAAAGAGGACAGCUAUAAGCCCAUCGUUGAGUUCAUUGAUGCUCAGUUUGAAGCCUACUUGCAAGAAGAACUGAAGAUAAAAAGGGUCUUGCACAACUACCAUGACACCCGGAUCCACGCUUGCUUGUACUUCAUUGCUCCGACAGGCCACUCGCUGAAAUCCCUGGACUUGGUAACAAUGAAAAAGCUUGACAGCAAGGUGAACAUCAUUCCCAUCAUUGCCAAAUCUGAUGCCAUUUCCAAGAGUGAGCUGACCAAAUUUAAAAUUAAAAUCACAAGCGAACUGGUCAGUAACGGGGUUCAGAUCUACCAGUUCCCAACAGACGAUGAAUCAGUGGCGGAGAUAAAUGGGACGAUGAAUGCCCACUUGCCGUUUGCAGUGAUCGGGAGCACGGAGGAGCUGAAAAUAGGAAACAAAAUGAUGAAAGCUCGUCAGUACCCCUGGGGCACAGUGCAGGUGGAGAAUGAAGCUCACUGUGAUUUUGUGAAGCUGCGGGAGAUGCUGAUCCGCGUGAACAUGGAAGACCUUCGUGAACAGACCCACACACGCCACUAUGAGCUGUACCGGCGAUGUAAGCUGGAAGAGAUGGGUUUCAAGGACACCGAUCCAGACAGCAAACCCUUCAGCUUACAAGAAACUUAUGAAGCCAAAAGAAAUGAGUUUCUGGGGGAACUGCAGAAAAAGGAAGAGGCAAUGAGGCAAAUGUUUGUCCAGAGGGUCAAGGAAAAAGAAGCAGAGCUGAAGGAGGCUGAAAAAGAGCUGCAUGAAAAGUUUGAUCGCCUGAAGAAGUUACAUCAGGAUGAAAAAAAGAAGCUAGAGGAUAAAAAAAAGUCUCUGGAUGAUGAAGUAAAUGCAUUUAAACAAAGGAAGACAGCAGCUGAAUUGCUCCAAUCUCAGGCUCAGCAGGCUGGAGGAUCGCAAACUCUUAAAAGAGAUAAGGAAAGAAAAAAUUCGGGUUUCCUGUAGAACCUUUCCCUUCACACCAGAAGUGAAUGCGCCCACAUUUGGUUAACAUGCAGCUAUGCCAUUGUGCCUGUUUGCUCACCUUUACUCAUUGCUCCCUUCCUGCGCUCACCAUUUUGUUUUAAGCAAGAGUCCACAGCCUUGGCUGUUCUGGGUUAUCAUUGUUCUUGUGAAGAACUCGGCAAUAGCCUACGCGGAACUGGCAAGAGAUGCUCAUUGCUGAUCCCUCUUCCCCUUCGGGCAGCAGCAGGCUGCCGAGCACUCGUAGGGCUAGUGUCCCCUCUUCUCAGUUGCUCGGCUUUUUCUCUUCCCUCCGUUUUGUGUGAGGGCUGCAUGGUAAGAGAGCGCGGCUGCUUGGUGGUGUUGCAUUUAGCCCCUGUCCUGGGACCGCUGUGAAUGCAACCCGACGCUGCCGUGGGGUGGGAUGCGCUGUCUCAAGAGACUGGCUGCCCUCUCCCCUUUUUAACUUACUGUAUCUAACCCCUCGUUACCCCCCUGUGCUGCCAUCUGUGACUCAAAUAAUUUUAAAGGACUUUUUGCAAAACUUGACAUCCUCACAGGCGUGGGCCUGAGUCCAAACCUCUAGUCCCCAGGCUUGAGGGAUUCUCAAACUUGGAUCCACGGUUUGCAACUAAGUGUUCUCUGAAUGCUGCAGGGGUCACGAAGGAUCUCUUGCCUUGUCUCCCUCUCGGUGUGCUGGCCUGGAUGCACAUCCUGGAUCCAAUCUCAGGGAAAGCCGGUCACCUUGCUGUACAUAUCAGUGUUUGUGAAGAAAGACGAUAAUGUUUCUUUGACUUUCUUCUCAGUAAUUCCAACAAUUUCUGGUUUUAAUGCAAAAAGUAUUACCUUUAUUUUUGUUUUUAUUUGGCAUCUGUUUAGAAGCGUACAGAUGCUGGCAGGUUGCUUCUUGUAUUUUCUGUUCAGCAAAAGCCUUGUUUUACUGCAAGAUUCGCACUAAAAAGGCGGGUGUUUUGCUCACUGCGGCCAGUUCACUCUAGCCAAGUGCAACUGCGGUUUGCCUGCAGCUGUCUUCUUUGUGUAUUUCUGGAUGAGUUUUGUUUUUAAAUAAAGACUUCAUCAGACAGUGAAUUCUGGUUAACAUUUACUUCUUUUGUUUUUUGUUUUCUUUGCCCUUCUUUUACAGUAACCCAUGGCUCUGUACUGAGUAAUUACCCCUGAAUACAAUGGGCUGGAAUGGACCUUCAUUUACUUGUUAAAUCGGAGGGUCUAAUAAAACGUGACAGCAUUUCAGCUGUGACCUUUCCAUGGUGUUACCCUUGCUCUCUCCUAUAUCCUCAUUGUGAUGCUGUCUUUACUAUGUACUGGUGGUUAUUGCUUUUAUUAAACAAUGUAAAAUUACUCCUAACAAGGUUUUGGAUGCUGCAACUUCAAAUCCUACCAUUUCUUUUUUUCCCCUGCAAUUAAUGGAUUCCCCUUUCUCCUGACCCCUCUCCAUCCAGUUAAAUAAGCGAUGUGGAAAUAAGUUCUGUGAGUUAUUUUUGCUGGCGAAAUAACAAUGCAGUUUAAAUGUAUUUAUUGGUGACAUUAAAUUGACAACACCACCUUAGUUUAAUUAUCGCAUAGUUAAGAGAGAAAAAAACCUCUUUUCUCUUUAUACUUGGUGUCAUUUUCAUGACAUCAUCUAUCUUUUUUUAUUUGCUUUUAUUUUUUCUUUUGCUAAUUCAUGCUGCCUGAAGACUAGCGUUUAAUCGUCAUUUCCAUUUCAGACUUGCUUGUUGCAACCCUGAUCCUUCAGUCGCGCUGUGUGCAGGCUAAGCUCUCUGUACGUGGGUGAAUCCACACGUCCUGACCCCGCUGAAAGAUCAGGAUGCAUGCUGCCAAAUAUAGUUUCAACAAAAACCCUUCAAAUCCUGGGUUUUUGGAAGAUGAGCACACCUCAGACCUAGCCGUGAUAGGUAAUGCUGGUUUUAGUGCAAGCCGCUGCUGAGAAUUUUGCUAGAAAGGUGGUCUGGGUGAUGGUAAAGCCUCACAGACAGUUUCUGCCUAUAACGUGUUAGUCCGGCUAGCUGCUCACGGCAGCAGCAAACCUCAGCAGUGCCCCAGCUCAAACAAUGGUCUGGCCUCCAUUUCCAGCAAUUAAGGCAGUUAAAACUCUUGAUUGCAAUUUUUUUUCUCAGGUAUUCUGUUUCACCAUAAAUACAAUUUUAUUUCCCAUAAAAGUCUUUGGCUGUUUUGUGGUUUGUUGUUUUGGUUUUUUUAAAAACAAGUUAAAAUAAUUUCAAUAUUUACUUCUUCCUCUACUGUCGAAUGUCAGCCUGCUCCCCAAACCAGUCAGUAUCAGUCUGUCAAUGAUUUCUGGAUUAUCUGCUAAAAGAACCGUUUAAUGUGGCUUUUCUUUAACCAUACUGCAGGUCACUGGCUGUUCUUCCUGACCAUUUGCCUUAUUAGAAUGUUAUUUAAAGUUACCUAAAGUCUUUUUAAAGACUUUAAAGAAAAAAAGCUUUUUACUUGUGUGAUUUUCAAGUACUUGAGGUACCACAAGGAGGUUCCAUCUCUCCUCUGUCAGCUGUUUUCACGUUGCAUCUCUUUUUCCUGCUAUUUGAAUGCCUUUCUCUUUUUUGCUAAUCUUCUGGUUUUUUCUUUUUCCCCUUUUCUCUCUCUGUAGCUUUUUUUAAUCUGUCUUCGCCAGCUGCACUGGGUCUGAGGGAGAAGACUGCCACUUCUAGAAGAGUUUAAGGGUCUUAUGUUUGGGGAGGGGGGGAAACAAAUCUUCAGUGUUAGUGUCUUGGAAAGAAGCUUUUACUGACUUGCAUGGUAUCUAAAAAUUGAAGCGUCUUGUAAUUUGUGUGACAAGACAGGGUAAUAUGGGGGGAACUGAUUGUUUACCUGGAAUUUUGCAGAGCAACAGAAAUGUGACAUUUGGACUAACAACGUAGCGAAUACAUUUUCAAACAUUGUUACGGGCAUAUUUUUUUUUUCUAAUUUUGUCUUUAAUAAUAUAAAUGUCAUGGGCUUCCACGAGGUGUGAAGCCUAAGGAGUAUUUUCAAUAUGCUGUUGUUUGAUUGGUUUUGGAAACGGUGCAUUCAGAGUCCAAGGAAAUAUAAAACAUGGUGCAAUUUGCUCUGUUGGCAGCCACAAAAAUAUUUAACAAAAAAAUAAAGUAAGAACUGUGUGUUUUCAUUGGUGUCCUCCUGUGUCUCACCACCUUAUUAAACAAGCUCCAUCUGCUGGUGGAUGUGGAUUGAGUGGUACUUUUUUUUUUUUUAACUAAAUGUCUUGUUCUUUAAAGUUAGAAAAAAAGUGAGCAGUAUCAGGAGGGAGAGGCAAUGCUGACAGCUGGUACAAUAAUUAUAAUAGCGAUCCAUCCGAAUCCCCGGUGAGUAGGGUGCGGUGUCCGUAGAGUGUGCUGGAGCCAGCCCUCGCACUUCCCGCUCCUCCGCGUGGUCCGCUCGCUCGCUGCAUGCUUUUCCCAGCUGCCAUCUUCUCUCCCCCCCUCCUGGUUUUGUUUCCUUUUUACAAACGGGAAGCGUGCGAGAAGUUGUACAUUUACAUGACAAACAUUGAAGAACCAGCACUGUUUAGCCUGACACCUUUCUAACUUUAAUGUAAAUUUUAAAUAAAAAGUACAAAAGCC